CCGCACCUCCCUCCUCCCUAGGCCCGACACGCUGCCUCCUCCCCCGGACAGCCCACACUAAAUGACGGUCGUACCAUCCGGUGCUACUCCACCACUUUAGCCAGCAGCCGGACCCCCGCGCGAACAACACCCAGCCGGUAGACCGGGAGGCAGGCGACGUUCUUCCGAAGCUAUCGACUCGACCCGGCUAUGUUGAGCCAGCAGCGGAACGUUUAGACUGAUUUCCAAGCAGCUUUUCUCUCUCCGCUUGACCGAGGAUGAGCACCACCGCGGCGGCCACCGGAUCGGCUUCUUGCCGCUUUGCCCACUACUUCGUCGUGUGCGGACUGGACCCUGAGACAGGCCUGGAGCCGGAUGAUGGAGCAGGGGAGAGCUUUGAGCAGAGUCCAAUCCACCGCUCCUUCAAAUCUAGGCUUCUGGUCCACUACCCCAAGAGCACAGACAGGAACCCCUUCAAUAAGGAUGCGGUUAACAUGCUCUGCAUGCCGAGGGGUCUGUCUUUCCGCACUCAGGUCGACCGCCUGGAGUCUCACUUCCACUCGUUCACUGUUGGCUUUGAGGAUGGUUCGCGCUCUUACGGCUUUGUCCACACCUUCUACGAGGAGGUGACGGGUGCGCAGAUCAUCACAGCCAUGCAGACCCUUCACAGGAUGCACCACGUGGAGCACCACUCCGCUUCCUCUUCGUCCGCCUCCUCGUCCGCAUCCUCGCCCUCCACCUCCAGCAUGGACUCGCUGGUGAGCAGUCUGGAUGAGUCGGACGGCGAGUCUCUUGCCACCGGCAACGCCGCCGCCACCUGUCUGGGUUGCACCGGCUCCUUCGACCCGUCUCAUGACACGCUGUAUGUGUCCAAAGCCCUCUGCCUCCUUACGCCGCUCCCCUUCCUUGGAGCGUCUCAACACUUCCUGUCUCAGCUGCACCAAGCCGUCGCCUCCCAAACGGCACCACCUCUACCGCUGGAAAGCUACAUCCACAACAUCCUCUAUGAGGUUCCCCUGCCACCGCCCGGCCGCUCGCUUAGGUUUCACGGCGUGCAGGGCCCCAUCUUGUGCCAACGGCCUGGCCCCUGUGAGCUUCCGCUCGCAGAGUAUCCUCUGGGAGAAGCCUUCUCCCUGCUCGGUGUGGACAACAUGGUGCAGCUGGUUACUUGCUCACUUCUGGAGACGCAAAUACUGCUCUACUCUCAAGACUACCAACGCUUGAUGACAGUGGCUGAGGGCAUCACCACAUUGUUGUUCCCAUUCCAGUGGCAGCACAUCUACCUUCCCAUCAUUUCCACACCUUUACACCACCUGCUGGAUGCUCCUGUACCCUUCUUAAUGGGCAUCCAGCGCAGGGAUGGUGUUCAGCGAGCCUCCCUCCACCUGCCGCACGAGGCCAACCUUUGCUUUGUGGACAUUGACAACCACUGCAUGGAUUCUCCGGAGGGUCUCCCCGCCUUUCCGGACCAAGCCGAGCUGGUGCGGGAACUGAGUGACAUCCUGCAGCAUUUUGGGGUCCCCCUGCAGGGAGGAGCCCUUACAAAGCCCACCCCGGCCUCUCCUCAUCUGAGUAGCCUGGUCCUGGAGGAUCUGAUGGAAGACAGAAGGAACGGAAACCUCGGAGGCGAAGAACUGGAGGCGCUGGAGAGGCUACAGGCUCUGGCUUGGAGGUGCGGAGGAGACAAGAUGUCGGGUGAAGGGAAGACGCUGGAACGCGUGUGGAAGGAGGAAGAGGAGGCUAUGAGUGAGGCGAAGAUGAACAUUCAACUUCGGGAGGUGUUUGCUGGACGCUUCGCUACCUUGUUCAGCCGCUAUGAGGAGUUUGUGAUCCACAGUGCACUUGAUUUGGAGUCCUGGAUGAGUAACCGAGAGGGAACGUUCAACUUUGACAAGGGUGCCUUCCUCUCAGCUCAACCUGUGACCCACUUGCACUUCCUGUCCCGUUUCCUGGAGACGUCCAUGUUUUCAUCUUUUGCCGACGGCAAGGUGAUCUCUCGCUGGGCUGACCGCGAGCCACUGCAACAGCUCUUUGACAGCCGCCUGGAAAGGGAGCGACUCUACGACACGGACCAGGUUGACUCUCCCGGCAGUCACUACAGGAAAUGCUCCACCCUUUUUGAAUCAGCUCAGGCCAUUGAGCGCCGGCUGCUGAAGGCCGACCACACUGCCAUACACCCGCACCUCCUGGACAUGAGGAUCGGCCAGGGUCGCCACCAGCCGGGCUACUUUCCCAAGCUGCAGGCCGAUGUUCUCAUACACUCGCAAAGCAUCAACAAGCGGUCCAGUCGUGUCACAGCAUCCCGCAUAUCCGAUCCCAGGAGGAUGUCAGCAGCAGGAGAGCUCUCUGCACCAGAUGGUGAACAAAGACAGAAGCACUCAUUGGCAAGGAAGCAUCUUAACCAGCUGAAGUUUCUGGACCUGUCGCCUCAAGUCAUCGCUCAGACCCACAGGGAGUUUGUUCAAGGGCUGCUGAGUGAGUGUCGAUUGAAGACCAAACGUAUGUUGAUGGAGAGGAUGGGGAAGGAGAGUGUGGAAGUGGGUCAGGGGGAGGCCAACAUCACUGGCCUGCAGGAGAACACGCUAAUUCACAGUCUGUGCGACCUACUGGAGAGAACCUGGGGCCACGGUCUGCAGAUGAAACAGGGCAAAUCAGCUCUGUGGUCGCACCUGCUUCAUUUCCAGGCAACCUUGGAGAAGACAGAGGUGCCUGCUGAGUCUCCAGGCGCAGAGCAGAGAACAUAUGACGAUGGCGCUGUCCUUCUAAGAGGAUCCUUAGUACAAGAUAUGAGGUUUAUCCAAACAAUGAGUGAGGGUCUGUCUGAGGUGGGACAAGCCCGGGCCUGGAUCAGCUUGGCCCUGGAGAAGAAGAUGCUCUCACAGCACCUUAAAGAGCUGCUUACAAACCAGGAAUUGCUUCGACAGUUAUACAAGCCUCACGCUUUCCUUCUGUGCGAGGAAGAAAGGGAACAGUUUCUAUACCAUCUUCUCUCUCUCAACACGGUGGACUACCUCUGCUUCACGCGCGCCUUCGCUUCUAUCAACAUUCCCUAUCGUGUCGCCAUCAUCCCCAUGAAGAAGCUGAGCAUCGCCAUGGCGACUGUCCACCCAUGGGUGUGCGUGUCUGGAGAAAUGGGAGAUUCGGGAGUGAGACAGAUCCCCAAGAAUACCCAAGAGAUUUUUUUUGAGUGCAAGAACCUGGGCCGACUGAGCACUUUGCAGCUGGGACAGGAGAACUCGGGCCUGCUGGCCAAGUGUCUCAUUGACUGCGUGAUGGUCUACAAUGAGAUCACGGGUCAUACAUACAAGUUCCCUUGUGGUCGAUGGUUGGGGAAAGGCGUGGGCGACGGCAGCCUGGAACGAGUCCUCAUUGGUCACUUGGUAUCACCUGGUGGAGAGGAGGAUUCCGGAAGAUGGACUGGGACCCCGCCAGAGUUGGCCUCACCCUCCCAAGGUGUACGAGCUGUGUUGGGAUCCCUUGGAAACCGGGCGAGAGUGUUGUCUGUUGAAGUCCAUGAAGACAUGCGGGAGGCAGCCAAUAACCUUGUCAAGCACUUUCACAAACCUGAACAAGAGAGAGGCAACCUGACCAUGUUGCUAUGUGGCGAAGGAGGACUGGUUCCCUCUUUGGAGAAGUUCCUCCUCCAUGGCUUCAAGUCCAGCCGCCUUUUCCAGAGAAAUGUGUUUGUUUGGGACUUUGUGGGUGAGUGCUGUGCUUUUCUCACGGCUGACCAGCUGGGCCACCCACCAGGCUCCAUGUUGAUAAAGGAGCCGCCUUGUGACUUGCUCUGCCACUACGUCAACUCCAUUAGCGCCUCACCGCGAAAUAUUGGGAAAGAGGGCAAGUUCCAGCUGUUGGUUUGCCUCGGAGUCAGGGAUCGUCUCCUCUCUCAGUGGCUUCCCCUUCUAGCCGAGUGUCCCCUAACGUCACGUACCUACGAGGACGGCGCCCUGAUGCGCGACCGCGCGGCCGUGUGCUCACUCUCUCGCAUCUUGCACACACUCAACGAGUUCGCCGUUACGCUGGAGACGUCUCUGGUCAAGGGCGUGGCCCUCUGACACAUCAUCGAGGACGUUGCCACGCAGGCUUCUGAACUCCUUGUUUGCUGUUAAAAAAAAAAGGCCCGUGGACGUGAAUGAUGCCACGUGAGCUCCAAACCUUUUGCCUUGUAAAUGUCUUUACACACUGUAUCUGCUUCGGGAAGUAGUCAGAUUCUCCUUCGUGUGAUUACACUGUGAAAAGAAAAAAAAA